AGCCCUGCAGCCUGGGCCUCAGGGAGCAGAGUCAGGGCGCCCACCAUGGCCUGGACCCCUCUCCUCCUCGGCCUCCUGGCUCACUGCACAGCCUCUGUGGCCUCCUAUGAGCUGACGCAGCCGCCCUCGGUGUCGGUGAGCCCGGGACAGACGGCCAGGCUCACGUGUGGGGGAAACAGCAUUGGAAGUAAAAUUGUCCACUGGUACCAGCAGAAGCCCGGCCAGGCCCCCGUGCUGGUCAUUUAUAAUGAUAACAACCGGCCCUCAGGGAUCCCUGACCGAUUCUCAGGCACCAACUCGGGGAACACGGCCACCCUGACCAUCAGCGGGGCCCAGGCCCAGGACGAGGCCGACUAUUACUGUCAAGUGUGGGACAACAGUGCUAAAGCGUAUGUCUUCGGCGGCGGGACCCAGCUCACCGUCCUAGGUCAGCCCAAGUCUGCACCCUCCGUGUCUCUGUUCCCGCCAUCCACUGAGGAGCUCGCCAACAACAAGGCCACACUGGUGUGUCUCAUGAGUGACUUCUACCCGGGCAGCGUGACGGUGGCCUGGAAGGCAAAUGGCACCCCCGUCACCCAGGGCGUGGAGACCACCAAGCCCUCCAAGCAGAGCAACAACAAGUACGCGGCCAGCAGCUACCUGAGCGUGUCCAGCCAAGACUGGAAGUCCGCCAGCGCCUACAGCUGCCAGGUCACGCACGACGGGAAGACCGUGGAGAAGACAGUGGCCCCCUCAGAGUGUUCCUAGGACCUGAGUCCCCACUUCUGGGGACACUUCUCCGUCAGACCCUCCCUUCCCCGCUCCCCACUGUCCCCCUGAGGCUCCUGCCCUGGUCGCUCAGACUGGGCAGGGGGCCAUCCCUCCCCGUUUCCCCUUCUCCUGAAUAAACUCCUGUCAUUUCUCAUCUGA